UUUGCUGGAACUUAUGGAAGUUUCGGUGCAGCUAUACGUAUUAAUCCAUGGGAUUAUCAAGAAUGCGCCGCAGCUAUUCAUGAGGCUUUAAUUAUGAAUGACGAAGAUGCUACAACUAAAUGGAAGGAAUUAUACGCGUAUGCCUCAUUGAAUAGUGCACAAAAUUGGACGGCAAGUUUUGUUUCAGAACUUGAAAAGGUUCAUAGUGAUAUGCAACGACGCUUUUCAAUUCAUAUUCCUCAUUUGAACCCAAGAUCUUUUUUGGGAGAAUUCAAACACGCUCAAAAAAGAUUGAUUUUGUUAGAUUAUGAUGGUACGCUCGCAGCUUAUGAAAAAGCCCCCAACACUAAUGCUUCGACAAAACGUCUCGUUGGUCUGUUAACUAGACUUACAAGUGAUUCACGUAACGUGGUAUAUGUAAUGAGCGGAAGAACAUUCGAAAGUUUAGAAGAACAAUUGGGGGAAGUACCCAAUUUAGGGAUGAGUGCUGAAAAUGGUUCAUAUUUGAAAUUAAUCGGUGGUAAAUGGGAAAAUUUAUUUACCGAUUUGGAUAUGAGCUGGAGGGACCGAGUGGAUGAGAUAUUCGAGUAUUAUACUGAAAGAACUCCAGGAUCGCUUAUAGAAAAAAAGAAUGUGUCAGUUGUUUGGCACUAUCGUACGGCCGAUAAUUCUAGUUAUGGCGCUUGGCAAGCUGCCGAAUGUCAGAACCAUAUUCAAGACGCAUUAGGAGCAACAUAUCCAAUUCACGCAAUUGCUGGAAAUAAAAACAUUGAGGUUAUGCCACGUAAUAUCAACAAAUCUGUUGCUGUUAGACAAAUUCUUACAACAAUAGAACCAGACUUUAUUCUUUGUAUGGGAGAUGAUCGAACAGAUGAAGACAUGUUCGAAUUUGUAAAUAAGUUGGAAUAUGUUAAAACAACAAUAACUUGCACAGUUGGAUCAAAGAGUAGCGAAGCAAAAUGGUUUGUUAGUGGUGUAUUAAG